CUUAUGUCAACUAGAUUUGUAUGAGGUUAUGUUGUGAAUUGUUAUGUGAGAGAUAGAUAUUACUUUUUCUGUAAAAAGUCGCUUCAUUCCUCUAUUUUAACAAUGUCUUUGAUAAAGACAGUCUUGACUCGUUAUGUCUUACCAACCUCAUAUCGCGCGACAGCAGCGCGAUUUUCGUCCACUGACGCAAAAAUAACCACCAGUAAUGACGAGCCAGUUGAAAUGGACAAUCCUUACAAGAAGGAACGUCGUCAGUGCAUUCUGUGCAAGUUAAACAUAACACCAGACUACAAGAACUACAGAUUACUCUCCCAGUUCCAAAGCCCUUACACUGGUCGCAUUUACGGCAGACACAUCACUGGAUUGUGUAAAUCAAAGCAAGAACUGGUUGAAAAUGAGAUUAGAAAAGCUCAAAACUGUGCCUACAUGCCUUACUAUUAUAAAGACAAGGUCUUCCUAAAGGAUCCUAAACUGUUUGACCCUGAAAAUCCUGUAAGAGCCCAUAGGUUUUAGUUUUAGUACUUGUAGUAUGUUGUAGAUUUGUCAAGAUGGUUAUUAAAAUAAAUUAUGUUGAAAA